CCAAAAAAUUUUUUUUCUGAAAAGUAGAAAAAACCUUCACAAAUUUCGGUUCAAGAUAGAUUGAAGAAUAAAAAAAAUAAAUUAUUGAAUUUUUUAUUUUGAAAUUACAGCAGUGAACUUUUAUAUUCAGGAUUCAAAUCAUGCAGCGUUCAUCGAUAAGGCUCGUUGGUGGCUUGUACGUGCGGACAGAUGCAUCACGAAUGCUGAUCAAACGACACAUUGCAUUUACCUCGAAGAAGGGAUUCUCUAAGAGCAGUGGAACAAAUAAAACCACAAUGGGAUCAGGACAAAAUGUUGGUGGCACGCCCAAUCGCACGGAGACCAGCACUGUGGAGGCCUUCAAGAGGGACAUGGCGAAGCCGAAGCGUUUAGUGCGCGAGGACAACAUGUGGAGCGAUCCACAGCACAUGGAUACCAGAUGGCUGCGUCCGCGCGAUCCCCGACGCUAUAAGCCCGACUUUGGCCAGACCGAGCCGCACUCGUUGCGUGAACAGUUUAUGCGAAGCCCGGACGAGCGCACACGCAACGCGAUGGGACGCGACUGGGAGGUGGCGAUGCGGGUUGCGGCCACCAGGAGGCGUCAGGCAGCCAAUAUCAAGCCAGAUCAGGAUAUGGUUUACAUGAGGUCUAAACAGGAACUGGGUCCCCCGCAGGAGUAAGCAAAUGAGUAUGUGGAUGCGUACGAAAACAUCUAUUGGACCUGAAAUUGCAUAGAAUGCCGUCCAUAUGUUUCGAUCUACCGCUUCCCCCCAUAUCAUAUGCCUCGGACAAAGUCCCAUCAGCACGUGUAAUCA